CGUUUGAGAAGCAGAGAAUCAGUGGGCUUUAUGCCAAACUUGUUCCUCUGUUCCUCCCCCAACUGCUUAUCAUCACUAUCACCCUCUCGUCAUCUCUACAUCCAUUACCAUCAUCCCUUGUGUUCCCAACACAGCCAUCACCAUCAACCUUCCAUCCAUCAAAACAACACGACCGCCAAAAGCUUCUCACUGUCGCCAUCUUUGUUGUUGCCGGAACAGAGCCACACCGCCAGCACUCAUCCUUCAUCGCCAUUAACUUUGUCCAUCCUUUCCUUGCCACACGAAGUUUCCCGUCGCUAUCAUCGUCGAUCGGAUAGCUACCACGAUACUAGCAACAGUUUCCAUAGAGAGUCUCUCCCUCUGUCUCUCGAACCAUAGUUGCGACGGCGAUCCCGGCGUGGUCGACUUCAACCAAGCUUCGAAACCUUGGUACCAUCGCGUAGAGGACGACCCCAGGAGCACUCCGGUAUCGACGAAAUCGAAUUUGGACGUCGGACAAAGGAGAACCGAGCCUCCAAAGUUUGAGACGUGAGCUCCAGGUUUAAGGUAGCAAUCGGAGUAAGGGUUCCACAUCAAGGGAACUAAGUAAUCGCCACAAGAGGUCGUAGAGGAGGAGCUAGGGAGCAUCCAGUCGAGGAGCAUCCAGUGAGAGAGCAGGCUACCAGAGGAGGACCACGUGAGCACUUCUGAAGAUGUCUGACCACGGAUCGGAGUAAGCAGCAUUUGUAAUCUUUAGUUAUUUGCUUUAUGAUUAUGAGUAAUGACUGGAGAUUUAAAAGGAUAAGUCUUUAUGGAUUGAGGUUUGCCCAAAUGUUAGGGCUUUGCUUUUAAAUUAUAAGAUGUAUUUUCAGUAUUGGUAUUUCGAGC